GGCCGAUCUUUCCUGGCCCGACGUUUUGGUGCAGCUCGUCAGGAGCUUCUCUCCGGGCAAGGGGCUAAUAGACGAGGAGCUGGGUUUCUUGGUUGUUUUCUCCGAUUGGUUCAUUCUGUUUUGAAGUUUGUGGGCAGGCUCGAAGGUGUUUCAAAGGCAUCGCGAAUUGUACAGGUUGAAGGAGACUGAUUAGAUUGUUUUCUUUAACCAGUAUCAUGAGUUUAAUAAGCUGGAAUUGUAGAGGAUUGGGGAAUGCCAAAACGAUGCAAGGGUUUUCGGAUUUAACCUAUUCACACCGACCGGAUAUCUUCUUUUUGAUGGAAACUAAAUUAUGCAGUUUGCGGGCAAAAGAUGUGCUAUACAAACACGGGUAUAGUAAUUUUGCAGGAGCAGAUAGUGCAGGUAGCAACGGAGGUUUGGCUCUCGGAUGGAAUGAUGAUGUGAAUCUGCAGGUUACUCAAGUUAAUAACAACUAUAUUGAUUGCUUAAUCAAGCUCUCUGAGAGUGAUCCGGGCUGGCGCUUAACUUGCUAUUAUGCUUUCCCCGAUGCAUCGAGACGACGGGAGGCGUGGAACGUGCUUCGAAGUCUGGCUGAAGAUAACAACUUACCUUGGGUUAUUAUUGGGGACUUUAAUGAUAUCAUGUAUGAUUCAGAGAAAAAUGGAAGGGUUGAGCAUCCACUUUGGCGUACCCGAGGCUUUUGGGAGGCAGUGACAGAAAGUGGACUGCGGGACUUCCCGUUUGAAGGCUAUCAGUGGACAUGGGACAGAGGGAAGAAUACUAAUUAUUGGGUGGAAGAAAAGCUAGACCGUAUCUUGGUCAAUGACGAUUGGUGGAAUAGUUUCAUGGCUGCCCAAGCUUCGUCUAUUGAGGCUCCAACCAGUGAUCAUAUGGCGCUUCGGCUAAAAUUUAGUCUGACGUUUCAAAAUGGCACAACGAAAAGGUUUCGAUUUGAAAAUAUUUGGCUCAGAGAAGAGGAAUGCCGGGCGAUUGUUACAAAUAGCUGGAAUGCAGGUGACCAUCUCACAGUUAGUGAGAGGAUUAAUUUUUGUGGUAGAGAACUUUUAAAAUGGGACACAAGGCGGCCGAAAGGGUUUCGACGUCAGAUUUUAGCAUGUAAAAAACGCUUAGCAUGGCUACGGGGGAAGGGGGAUGCGUCUAGCCUGGCUGAAUUCUCGAGAGUAAGGUUGGUCACACAGGACCUUAUGGAAAAAGAGCACAUAUACUGGAACCAAUGGGCUAAAGAAUUUUGGCUGAAGGAAGGGGAUAUUAAUUCCCGUUUUUUUCACAAUGCAGUGAAACAGAGACGGAGGAAAAAUAAGCUACUGGGGCUCCGAGCUGCGGAUGGUUCUUGGGUAACAGACCGCGAGAAGGUUAGGGAGAUGGUGGGGGACUAUUUUACUCUCCUUUUUCAGCAGCAGGGAACAGUAGUGAACUCGGCUGACUUAUGCCCGAUGAGGCAGAUUACGGAUCGUCAAAACGAGCUACUUAUUUAGUCCCUCAGUCAGGAAGAAGUUAAAGCAGCAGUGUUUGAUAUGCACCCUGACAAAGCUCCAGGAUCGGAUGGUAUGAAUCCAGCUUUUUUUCAAAAAAUUUGGGGGGUAGUUGGAUCAGAAGUAACUCGUCUCUGCUGUCAGAUUUUUGAUACAGGUGAUCUGCCACACGAGUUAAAUGUCACUAAUAUUGUGUUAAUCCCAAAAAAAGAUAAGCCGAAGAGUAUGGGGGAUUGGCGACCUAUAGCUCUUUGCAAUGUAAUUUUUAAAAUCUUUUCCAAGGUUAUUGCUAUUCGGCUGAAAGGGAUUUUGGGUGAUGUGAUUGGGGAAAAUCAAAGUGCUUUUAUACCAGGGCGAGCUAUAGUGGACAAUAUUAUUGUAGCGUUUGAAACUCAGCAUUACUUGAAGAGGAAGAAUACAGGUAAGGAUGAGUAUGUGGCGUUGAAGUUAGAUAUGAGCAAGGCCUAUGACAGGGUCAGUUGGGACUACCUUAGAAAGAUUAUGCUACAUAUGGGUUUCAAUGCAAGGUGGGUGGACAUUAUUAUGUUAUGUGUUACCACAAAUACCUACUACGUCCAGUUUGAUAAAGAUUUUUUGGGGCCUAUUAUUCCAGAGAGAGGGUUGUGACAAGGAGAUCCAUUAUCUCCUUAUUUAUUUAUCCUUGUUGCAGAAGGAUUAAGCUCAAUGCUUAAGAAAGCCGAAGGAAGAGGAUAAAUACAUGGAGUUGCAGUCUGCCGUGGUGCCCCCGGGUAUCACAUUUAUUUUUUGCUGAUGACAGUUUUUUAUUCUUUAAA